GAUGGCGCGGACCGCGGAGUGAUUUUCGGAGCUUGAGUUAACCUACUUACUUAUGUUGUGAUUUGAAUGCAGUUUAUAUGCCAGUGUAUGUAGGCAGAGAUCGGCGGAGUGCGAUUCCAAUCUCGAUUUGUGCAAGUGACAGGAAUGUUAGAAGUUUGUUUUCACAAUGUCUAAGCGAAACAGCGACUAUGUGGUUACGGAGCACCGGGAUUUACAGGCUAACACCAUGGCUAUGGACGCGACCGGCAACUACGUUCUGUUAGCCGGGCGUAGAUGCUUUGCGGUGAAACAACUGGACGAAGACGUUAACACGGUGAAGAAGUUCCAGCGGCAGAGUAAAUACGAAGUUAGCUCUGCAGAAUGGAAUCCAUCUGACCUGAACUGCCAUUUGUGCGCAAUUUCUAGCAAUACACGAAUCGAGAUACUGGAUCUCAAUGGGGCGGGAGGGUACGAGGUACAAACUAUCCAGAGCCUGAAGGCACACACGCGCGUGGUCAGUGAUCUAAACUGGCACCCCAAGGAGCCUGAUAUCCUUGCCUCUUGCAGUAUCGACACGUUUAUACAUAUCUGGGACAUACGGGAUCAGAGGAAGCCGUGUUUGUCUCUGUCCGCAGUUGCAGGAUCGUCCCAAGUACGUUGGAAUCCGUUGUUAUCUCACACUUUGGCCACUGCGCAUGACGGUGAUAUCAAGAUAUGGGACCAGCGGAAGGCGAACAGUCCUGUGCAAUACAUAACAGCUCACUUGACGAAAAUACACGGCUUAGACUGGUGUCCGUUUCAACAAAAUCAACUGGCAACAUCGAGCCAGGACUGCACCGUCAAGAUCUUCGACAUCGUCAAUCCGCGCAGGGCUGAGAAUAUCUUGACGACAAAUUCGCCUGUGUGGAGAGCGAGAUACACGCCUUUUGGAGAAGGUUUGGUGACGAUAGUAGUGCCGCAAUUGCGACGGGGGGAGAACAGUCUUCUGCUGUGGAACACAUCAAACCUGAGCGCUCCAAUAUACACAUUCGUGGGGCAUACGGAUGUCGUGCUCGAGUUUCAGUGGCGACAUCAGAAACUAGAGAAUAGCGAAUUUGAACUCGUCACAUGGUCCAAGGAUCAGUGUCUAAGGAUAUUUAAAAUCAACCCUUUUAUAAAAAAGUUGUGCAGUAAUGGCAUGGAAGAUGGCCUAUCGGUUUAUAGCCAGUACUCAGAAGAAAGCAAUUUAAGAACUCUGCAGUCCGUUCAGGAGCUGCAACUCAACAGUUCGCAAAACGAGCCCGAGAUCAAUUACAUAACGACCAAAGUGGACGAGCCAGUGCCGCAAGUUGAGGUUGCCAACCAACCGGAUAACUCCAAGAAGGUCUCGUCACCCACUCAACCAAAGAGUCUGCAGCAGGAAUUCUCCCUGAUAAACAUGAACAUACCAAAUAUAGAGGUGAACGCGAUGGACGCGGCGGAGAGGAGUUGCACGAUAACUGCGUGCACGAAAAAUUACAAUGUGAUACUGAAGGUGAAUUUCCCUGUAAAUUAUCCGUACAGCGCGCAGCCGACAUUCCAGUUCUGCCAGGGCACGUCGAUCGACAACGCGACGAUGAACAAACUGCUGAAGGUCCUCACGCAAACCGCUCAGCAUCGCGUCAGGAAGAACAGGUCAUGCUUGGAGCCGUGUCUCAGGCAGUUGAUCAUAACUUUAGAGCAAACCUGCAAGAAGGACGAAGACGAGAACAGUCACUUGGUGUAUCACAUGCAGAACAAUGGCGACUUCCUCAGCUCGCCCACCAUCUGUGCAAAUUAUCAGGACUCCUAUAUACCAUUUCCCAGAACGUCCGGCGCGAAAUUUUGUUCCGUGGGUAUCCUCGUUUGUUUCGGCCGUCCCUCGUACGCGAGAAAAUCGUUGAUGAAACCGGGAGACGCGACGCCCAGGGCACUGUCCGCCCUAGACAACAGCAUCGGCAACGGCGAAUCCUUCAUGCACAUGUAUCGAAGUCCCUACGUGCCGAGCAACGACAACAUCUCUAUCAGCUCGUACUACUUCCCAGAUCGUCAGAAAAACCUCCGACGCAGUAUGCACGGCACGAAUAGAACGCACGACCGAUCGUACUUCAAGAAUUCUCACCCGAUGGUCAUGAUAUACGAUGUCUCGUCGUUAUUCUUCGUCAACAAGGAGCUCGCCGAGAAGUACACAAUCAACACCGCCGACAUCACGACGAUGUGUCAACAUAACGCAAACGUAGCUGCCACGUUGGAACGGUCCGACCUGGUCCAGACGUGGUGUCUAGCUGGCCUGAUAAUUUCCCAGACGCUUCCCAGUAGCGAGCAGAACUCGUACCAGUCAGGUCAAUCUGCCGACAUCGACGCACCUUGGCCCCUGCAUCCGUGGGGGCAAAACUUAAUUCAUUCCUUAAUACAGCAUUACGCUAAUCAGUCCGACGUUCAAAUGGCCGGUAUGCUGAGCUGCGCGCUUAGCCACCGGUCGGAGAAUACGGAGGCGGUGCAAACCAGACUGAGCAACAGCAAAUCGGUGAACGUCAGUAGGCUUUCCACAGGAAAAUGGUGGUUGAAGCCUGGUGGUUCACCUUAUCACACGAUACACUUAGCGGACACCACGCUGGAAGGAUGGAAUUUUCAGAAUCUCAAGCAGCACCGAUCUAACUCGUGGUCGGAGUCGCUCGACGACUUGAAAAUCAUUCAAGACUCGUUUGGGGACUCGGCGAAGAACAUUAAGUUGCUCGACGAGAAGCACACGGCGCUGUACGACGGUUACAAGAAAGCGUAUGCCGAGGCGUUGCACAGGUGGGAGCUGUUGGAUGAUCGAGCUCAAGUACUGAAACAUUUAAGCGCCUCGUUGUGCGACCUGCAGAAGGGCGCCGUUGAGCUGCAAUGCGAGUGCCGAGUCUGCGGCAAGAUCAGCCGAAGUCCGCAGUGCACGAAUUGCAAGGGAUUGAGUUUCCAAUGUAUAAUUUGCCAUAUCACAGUCAGAGGUCCAAGCAACUCGUGCAUAUUCUGCGGCCAUGGUGGACACAUUCAACAUCUGGCAGCAUGGUUCGCCAAGGAGACAGUAUGUCCGACGGGCUGCGGUUGUCACUGCCUGCAAGAGAACUCGGUGCUGUUUAAGAUAUAAAUAGCGUAAAUAAAAUUAUAGAUAAUUAUGGUCUGUGAUAGUUGUUAUUGGAAGAGAAGUAAAAUCUUUUUUGCUCU